UGUUGCCCAACAUUUAGCGGAGUUCUGGAUGAAGUUGGUUUAGACAAAGAUUCUCAUGAUGGCAGGCAACACCACCAUCUGCCUCUCUCCUGAUCCUGGGGCACUGCACGAAAUGGAGUACUUGGCCGCACAGAUUAAAGAAGAGCCUUUGGAGAGUUGGAUUAUCAAAGAGGACGGCCUGGGAUUGCUCACUGUGGAUGAAGAAUUGCAGGCGGUCAAAGCUGAACUGAUGGAGGCCGAGCCGGAUAUGUUGCAGCAUUUAAAAUUCCUAGACCAGAGUCAAGACCUCCCUGUGACCGUACACUGCCAAGUGGAUUUGAAUAAAUUAAAUGAGCAGGACUUGAACACAACUCCUCCCAAAGAGAGUUUUGAGAAAAUAGUUUUCACCCAAAAAAAGCCUGCUGACGAUUGUUUGCAAAAAAAUCUGCCCACAAGUUCAGAUUUAGACAAGGAGGAUAGAGCUAAAAACAAAAAGGGUCAAAAACAUCCCAAAAACAGAAAAAGAGCCAGGCGCUACCCAAAACGUUUAAUUCGUAAUGUUCAUGUAAACAAAAGUGCAGAUAACCGUGGAAACCAAAGAACCGGUACCUGUGGUGAAAAAAGUACUGGCACCUUAUAUAGCUGCUCCCUGUGCAACUGCUCCAGAAUAAAAACCUUCAAAGAUCUAAAAAAACAUAUUAAAAAUCAUAUUGUAGGUAGCUUUUAUGAAUGCCAGCUGUGCAGUUUCUCAACACGAAAACACGUCAGUCUGCAGAGGCAUUACUUGUCUGGUCAUUCUCAUUUGGACCACGUCUCAAAUAGAAUUCACUGUCUCCUGUGCCCCUACAACUGCAUGAGAUCGAAAACUAUCCGCAGCCAUCUGUUCCUUGCCCAUCUGAACAGAGCAAAAUUUCAGUGUUCCCUCUGCGGUUACAAGACCAACUGUAAAUAUCGUUUAGAUGAGCACAAUGCGGUGCACAAAAGUGAAAGACCUUACGCGUGCCCACACUCGAACUGUUCCUUUUCCUCCCGCCACAAACCGUAUAUUGCCAAGCACGUUAAAAAGAUCCACGCCAAAGAAAAGGUGUGCAAAGUCUGUGCGGCGGAUGAUUCUAAAGUAGAAGAAGAUGACAAAAAAAAUUUUGAGACUUGUCAGUGUCCUCCCUAUCCUCCCAAGAGAGAACUGUGGAUGGCCGACCUGGACAUGAAAGACUUCAAACCUGCGGUCCACUCAAAAACAGGCCACCCCUUCAGCUGUGAUCUGUGUGGGGCUGGAUUUCUGGCGAAAGCCAAGUUCAAGAGGCACCUGUUGAUACACGACAGUUUUAAGAGGUACUCGUGCAAUCAGUGCGACUACUCGACCAACCGCUCCGAUACCCUAAAGGGCCACAUGCUGACCCACAGCACGGUCAGGAAGUACCACUGUCAUAUUUGCAAGGUCAUGUUCAAAUCUGUGAGAAGUCUCAAAUGCCACAUCAAGAAGCAUUCACGUCUUGACACCUUCCUAUGCCCCCUGUGCCCCUAUGCAGCUAAAUCUAAAUCGGUGCUAACAUUUCAUCUUAAAUCACACGGGAGAGAUGCCACGCCUGCUGUCAUCAAAAAGAUCAAGCAAAAUCAUUCAAACCCUUCAGAGCUGUAUGAAAAAAUGGUGGCCUCCAGUCCUUUCAAGGAAGAAAUCCAAAAAGCAAUCUUAAGAAAAAGGAGUUCUUUGUUGAUACCGAAAUCCAUGGAUCAUUACGUUUGCCUCAUCUGUGGGUUCAUGACCAAAAGCUUGGGUUCUCUGAGCCAGCACAAACUGGUUCAUGAGGAGAAACAAUACCUCUGUGAUUUCUGUGCAUUUCGCUGUGGCAGGAAGUACAAUCUUCAGCUGCACAUGCUGACCCACUUCAAGGAUCGCCCGUUCAAAUGCCAUUUGUGUUCCUUUGCCUCCAAGUCCCCGUCC